AUGGCAAUAUUUCGGCGUUUGCUUUUCUAUUUAUUUGUCAUUCUGACGUGUUUGUCAUGUUUCACGGAAAUUUGUGAUGCAGGCGGGGGGAGAGGCGGGAGGAGAGGUUCAUCUCGUACGUCUGGUUCAUCUCGAGGAUCACGGAUCUCGCACACUGGAGGACAUCACGGAUCAUCAUCGUCGUCAUCAUCAUCGUCCUCGCACAGUACCGUGUUGAUUGUUUUGUUAUCCCUUUCACCAGUGUGCAUAAUUUUGCUGAUAGCUGUAGUAUUUUGCUGUUGCAAAGCGGGGGACAAUCCAAAGGAGAAGCUGGCUCUAGCGAUUGAGAAAAAGGAACAAGAGCUGUCUCGCCUGUCUGGUAUACUGACGGGCUGUAAUGCUCAGGGAAAGAGUGCUCCGGUCAAAAAGGAUUCUGCGGUACAGACCGAGUCUGAUCGAGGACCUACAAAAGUGGCGACUCAGUCAGCUUCUACUGAAUCACUACCACCAUCUUACGAGACGGUCAUGGGCACCGUGGAUGGUCAAAAGAAGUAAUCAAAGACCGACAGGUUUGUGUCCACAACUGAUGAGAGAAUGCAUCUGGAAAAUGUGGAAUUAGUGUUGAGAAAGAAAAAAAA